AUGAAUGCGGAGACGUGCGUCUCGUUCUGCGAGUCGCCGGCUGCUGCCAUGGACGCCUACUACAGCCCGGUGUCGCAGAGCCGCGAGGGCUCGUCGCCCUUCCGGGCGUACCCCGGCGGGGAUAAGUUCGGCGCCGCGUUCCUGUCGGCCGCCGCCAAGGGGCAGGGAUUCGGGGACGCCAAGAGCCGGGCUCGCUACGGCGCGGGGCAGCAGGACCUGGCGGCGCCCCUGGAGAGCGGCGCCGGGGCGCGGGGCUCCUUCGCCAAGUUCCAGCCGCAGCCGCCGGCCCCGCAGCCGCCGCCCCAGCCGCCCGCGCAGCCCCCGCACCUCUACUUGCAGCGAGGCGCCUGCAAGACGCCCCCGGACGGCAGCCUCAAACUCCAGGAAGGCGGCGGCGGCGGCGGCCGCAGCGCGGCCUUGCAGGUCCCCUGCUACGCCAAAGAGAGCUCCCUGGGUGAGCCAGAGCUGCCACCCGACUCUGACACCGUGGGGAUGGACAGCAGCUACCUCAGUGUGAAGGAGGCUGGGGCAAAGGGAGCCCAGGAGCGGGCCAGUGCCGACCUCCCCAGCCCGCUGGAGAAGGCCGACUCCGAGAGCAACAAGGGCAAGAAGCGGCGGAACCGGACCACCUUCACCAGCUACCAGCUGGAGGAGCUGGAGAAGGUCUUCCAGAAGACGCACUACCCCGACGUGUACGCACGGGAGCAGCUGGCCAUGAGGACCGACCUCACCGAGGCCCGCGUGCAGGUCUGGUUCCAGAACCGGAGGGCCAAGUGGAGGAAGAGGGAGCGUUUUGGGCAGAUGCAGCAGGUUCGAACCCACUUCUCCACGGCCUACGAGUUACCCCUCCUCACCCGAGCAGAGAACUACGCCCAGAUUCAGAACCCGUCCUGGAUCGGCAACAACGGGGCUGCCUCCCCCGUGCCAGCGUGCGUGGUCCCCUGCGACCCGGUGCCCGCCUGCAUGUCCCCUCACGCCCACCCGCCCGGCUCCGGGGCCGGCGGCGUCACCGACUUCCUGAGCGUCUCCGGGGCCGGCAGUCACGUGGGCCAGACGCACAUGGGCAGCCUGUUUGGCGCCGCGGGCCUCAGCCCCGGCCUCAACGGCUACGAGCUCAACGGCGAGCCCGACCGCAAGACGUCGAGCAUCGCGGCCCUCCGCAUGAAGGCCAAGGAGCACAGCGCGGCCAUCUCCUGGGCCACGUGACAGGGCCCCUCCCGUCCCCGCCCCGCGCCGCCCCCACCUCAGGGCGCCGGCCGCGCCCCUGCUCCCCAGGCCCCCAGCCCCCCGCUCGCCUUUCCUGCCGGACCCCGGCCCGGGCCGGCGGCCGGACCCGCAGCACUUUC